AGUUCAUUCGUACACUAUCUAGUCCAUGUCGACUCGUGUCAAGUGAAGGUGGUUUAUAGCAACGGGACAUUCUUUUGCUUUGCACUCCGCGAGACGAAGAGUGGCAAGACACUAGUUCUGUAUCCGCUAAUUCCUUCCUCAUUGUCGGGAAAUGAUACCAAGUUGCCUCAGAAACAUCGCCGCGCAAUCGUCACGACGAAACUUUGGAAGCUGGAACGAGGUGGCCUCAUUCUUCUUAAGCAAGAAAAAUAAUUAUGCUACUGAAGCCUCCUUUGAAACUAAACCUUUUCGCCUGCACAAACUGGACCAUGGCCCAUCUACUCAAAUUACGGUGACACGAGAUGACGCUAUCGAACUGUUUAAGCAGCUACAUACGAUACGUCGUAUGGAAACGGCUGCUGGAAAUUUGUACAAAGAGAAAAUUAUUCGAGGUUUCUGUCAUUUGUAUUCUGGACAAGAAGCUUGUGCAGUUGGUAUGAAAGCUGCCAUGAGACCGCAAGAUUCUGUAAUCACAGCUUAUCGUGCGCAUGGAUGGACAUAUCUGAUGGGCAUAGAUAUAUUUGGUGUCUUCGCAGAACUUACAGGCAGACAAGGUGGCAAUGCCAAAGGCAAGGGUGGCUCCAUGCACAUGUAUUCUAAGAAUUUCUAUGGAGGAAAUGGCAUUGUUGGCGCUCAGGUCCCAUUGGGAGUUGGAAUUGCCUUCGCACAAAAAUAUAUGAAUACUGGCGGGGUUUGUCUAACGUUAUACGGUGAUGGUGCGGCCAAUCAAGGACAAGUGUUUGAAGUAUAUAAUAUGGCUAAGUUGUGGGACGUGCCCUGUAUUUUCGUUUGUGAAAAUAAUGGAUAUGGAAUGGGUACCAGCGUGGAGCGUGCCGCAGCAAGCACGGAGUAUUAUACCAGAGGCGACUAUAUUCCUGGAAUAUGGGUAGAUGGAAUGGAUGUCUUAGCCGUAAGAGAAGCCACGAAAUUCGCAAUAGAUCACUGUACGUCCGGUAAAGGGCCGAUCGUUAUGGAGACCGUGACAUACAGGUAUAGCGGACACAGUAUGUCGGAUCCUGGAACUAGUUAUCGUACACGAGAAGAAGUACAAGAAGUCCGACAGACUCGAGAUCCUUUGACUAGUUUCAAAGAGAGAAUCCUGAAUGCCAAUCUCGUCACUGCGGAGGAGAUCAAAGCAAUAGAGGGUGAGAUCAGGAAAUCGGUAGACGAUGCCAUGAAAGCUGCCAAGAAUGACAAAGAAAUCCCACUAAGUGAGCUUACUGCCGAUAUUUAUGCGAAUUGUCUGGAGAAAGAGAUCCGGAACACGACACCCUUCAGUCCUUUAUCGCACGCCAGGCUAGGACCAGCCAUAAAUGCUUAAAACUGCUCAAAGAUCGUUUCCUAAAAUAUUGUAUAUUUUACAAUUACAUCCUCGAUGUUCAUAGACUUACAAAACACAAACUAGUUGUAUAAAGAUGUACAUGCUACACGCGAAUCUUCAAUUCGAAGAUGUAUAUUAUUUCGUUGAAGGAAAGCUGAUAUUCCUCCCUUGCAAUGCAGAUUAAUUCGAGUGUGAUUGCAGCAUCGAAUUAAUCUCCGCUCCAUGAUGACGCACGUGUAAUAUUUUACGUUUACGACAAGAUCAAACGUGAUCUUCCGAAUGCCGUGAUGCCGAAAAGAGGAUCUACAUUCUUAAUAAUUUGGGAAAUUAAAUUUACUUAUAUCCUUAUUUAUUUCCCGUGCAAGUUACCAUGAAGAAAGGAUCUUUCCCGACACGACGUGCGCCUAAGAUCUAAGCCGUUUGUUAAUGUGUUAAUAAAAAAAAAGAAUAAAUCUGUAAAAAAUAA